GACAAUUGCUAGUUAAAAUAUAAUCUUUAAUUUAUUAAGAUUGGAUUAUAGCUGUUUCUAAAUUAUGGAAGAAACAUCCAAACGAGGUGACCUUUCUAAUCAUACUAGUUGUUCCGUAAACGAAGAGAAGUCUGCGUCAGAGCGCGAGAGGGGCAAGAAAAGAAAAGGGUCCCACGAAUCUGAUGAGGUCCCGAAGAGAUCUCGGUCGGGUGCUCAGGCCGGUCUUUCUUCAGAGAAAGGAAGAGAAAAGGCCACAAGUUCAGCAACCACGGAAACCAAAUUGACUGAAAGAUAUGGCUCCUAUGUGCGUAUGCACUCUCCUUGGGUGCCCGAGGAUAAUAAAAGAAAGGGGACACCUAGUGCGCUUCCAGACGGACCCAGGUCGGGUGUUGAGCCUGUUCCCACUGACGAUGUACCAGACGGAGUAGAAAAACCUUUGUCUGGCCUUCCAGGCGCUAACCUACGGAAACCCAAACGAUAA